AUGACCUCUGCAUCGACUCCCACGAGAACUGUUCUUGAGCAGCAAGAGAUGGAGACGAUUGGUGGAUUAGGGGUUAUACUUCCUAUUGGCGUCGAAGGAAUGAAACACGCAGGGGCGGAUGAUAAGGAUACCCGUGUCCGAUUUGUGUUCUCUCCUUCGCCCAGCAUGCGCGAGCCUCCCGUGAAAGUUUUGAACCAGAAAACUACGAAGGAUGACGGCAAAAAGUCUGUCGCGGCCGAGGAGGCCACGAAGCUUAGUGCUGAUAUGCCGGCAGUUACACCUGCUGCUUCUCUCAGCGGUGCUGCUAAUCCUCUCGCCAGGUUUAUGCAGCUAAAACCUGGACAGUGGAAGUGUACUGGAUGCCGUGUCUUGAACGAGGCUACCAGUGGCAGAUGUCCAUGUUGUGGAACCGCUCGAUCUGAUGGUGGCUCUGCGGCAAAAGCUCGUACUGCACUGUUGGAGACGACUGAAAAGUGUCCUUUGACUGGACUUAGCUUUGGUACAACCACCGAAGCUACAGCGGCCGCAGACAAGGGUACUGCUACGCCGGCUGCUGGCUCAAUCACGCCUGCUCUCACAAGUUUUAGCACUGCGUCGUCUCCGCAACCGAUGGAAUCCACAGCGUUCUGUUGGGCACCUGCCACAACGAGCUUUGGUACUGCGUCGUCAGCUUUUGGGUCGAGCUCAUCUGGUGGCGCUGAUUCCAGCUCCACUGCGGGAGGGUUCGGUAGUACUUCGGCUGCUGCUCCCUCGACUCCGUAUGGCAGCUCCACGUCUUCGUUGCAAGCUGCACCGCCAUUUCUUUUCGGAGGAUUUAGUCAAGCACAAACUGCGACUACGCCGACAAACACCCAGCCGACGCUCGCUUUCAGUGCGUCGAGUGCCCCAGCUCCUAACGGCUUUGAAACGGUGGUCCAAGUGGUGGAUUCGGCACUACAUUUGUUGCUCCUGCGCCAGGCAGUGGAUUCGGCAAUGGCCCACCGAGCUUGCACCGGCGGUCCAAGCGGUGGAUUUGGAACUAUAUUUGAUGCUCCUGAGACAGGCAGUGAAUUCGGCAAUGGCCCACCGAGCUCUGACUUUCUCCCUCCAACUCCGACCUCUGCAUCUCCAACUCCGACCUCUGCAUUUGGUUUCACUCCUGCAGCUCCGGGCUUUGGCACCAUUCCAAACACGGCUUUUGGCACUGAAGCUCCCACUUCUGGUUUCAGAGAUCCUACUGCAGAUGCAGUUAGCGCUCCAGAUGAUGGCACGUGUAGCAUGGACAUUGAUUAUGUCCAUGCUGAUAGCACGUUUGGCAUGGACGUUGGUUAUGCCCCAGUCCAAGCUUCGCCCUUCGGCACUGACCCGAGUAUAGCUUUCAAUGCUACGACUUCCGCUUUUGGUUUUGGAGCUCCUGCUGCAGAUGGUUUUGGCGCCCCGACUGACGGCAGGUUUGGCAUGAACGGUGGUUAUGCCCCAGCCCCAGCUUCGUCCUUCGGCACUGACCCGAGUAUAGCUUUCGGUGCGACGCCAUCCGCUUCAAAUUUUGGAGCUCCUGCUGCAGGCGGUUUUGGCGCCCCGACUGACGGCAGGUUUGGCAUGAACGGUGGUUAUGCCCCAGCCCCAGCUUCGUCCUUCGGCACUGACCCGAGUAUAGCUUUCGGUGCGACGCCAUCCGCUUCUAAUUUUGGAGCUCCUGCUGCAGGCGGUUUUGGCGCCCCGACUGAUGGCAGGUUUGGCAUGAACGGUGGUUAUGCCCCAGCCCCAGCUUCGUCCUUCGGCACUGACCCGAGUAUAGCUUUCGGUGCGACGCCAUCCGCUUCAAAUUUUGGAGCUCCUGCUGCAGGUGGUUUUGGCGCCCCGACUGACGGCAGGUUUGGCAUGAACGGUGGUUAUGCCCCCAGCCCCAGCUUCGCGGUUCUGGCGCCCCGACUGAUGGCAGGUUUGGCACGAACGGUGGUUAUGCCCCAGCCCCCAGCCCCAGUCCCAGCCCAAGCUUCGACCUUCCGUGCUAUUCCGAACGCAUCUUUCGGUGCGACGCCAUCCGCUUCUGGUUUCGGAGCUCCUGCUGCAGGUGCAUUUAUCGCGCCCUCUGCUGUCUCAUUCAGCAUUGGUGUUGCACCGGAGCACGCCAAAGGUAGACGCAUUUUGAAGGCCAAGAGUCGCAAACGUAGAACGUCGUAA